AUGGCCCCAGAGGUAAUUCGAAGUGAGCCAUACGAUGAAAAAUGCGAUGUUUUCAGUUUCGGAAUCAUACUUAAUGAGCUUCUAACCGGCAAUUAUCCAUACAUAGAGACAGACUAUGGUCCCUCCAAGAUUGCAUUACAAGUUGGGGAAGGCAAGAUAAGGCCAGCACUUCCGGAGCAUGAAGAUAACAUUGAAGAUUUGAUUCAACUGAUUCAACUCUCAUGGGAUGAAGAUCCUGAAUAUAGACCCUCUUUUGGUACAAUUACCCGGGGUUUGACAAUGAUUUAUGAUAGAUUUAUUAAUGCCCCAUAG